AUGGCCCCGCCUCCGCCCCCACAAUGGGUCGUCGACCUCAACUCGGCGCCCGCGUCCAAGCCCAAGAACGCGUCGCUGCCAGACCCGCCGGGCUACACAGCAUCCAUGACCCGCAAGGAGCGUGCGUUGUCCUCCAAAAAGUCACGUGUGCCGCCUACGCCCGAGGAGAUGGACACACUGAAGAUGAAAAAGGCCUGGGAGGUCGCCAUAGCCCCCGCCAAGCAGCUGCCCAUGAACGCAUUUGGCAUGUACAUGACCGGCAACUCGCUGCAAAUCUUCUCUAUCUUCAUGGUCUUCACCCUGUUCAAGACACCCGUCAUGGCCGCACUCGGCAUCCAGCGCACAUUCGCCCCCUUCGAGACACCCGGCACAGCUGGCCGCCUUCUCGGCGUCAAGGUCGUCUACAUUCUCACGAACCUGCUCAUGCUCGCCCUCGGCAUCUGGAAGGUCAACGCCAUGGGGCUGCUGCCGACGACACGGUCAGACUGGCUGGCAUGGGAGGGCGAGAGGACGUGGUCGGAAAGAGCCGUGCCCAAGGAGUGGAUGUGA